AUGGAAAAGAAUUCUACUGAAAACGAGAAAAAGUGGAAUAAGGAUAAAGUAGAUAUAUCUAAAAAUGAUCUCAGCAACUCGAACAAAACAGACAAAAAUCCUGUUCUAAACAAAAAGAAAGAGAAAAAUGUGCACAUGAAAGAAAAGAAACGACAUUCAAAAGGCGUAAAACAGGACACAGAAAGAACAGAUAAAAUAUCGCACUUCAUAGCCAAAACAUCAAAAACUGACGAUCAGAAUUUGGAAAAUAAAACGCUUGAUUCUGCAGAGAAAGAUUCGGAAAAAUUCCAGAAAAAGUCGAAUGCAGAAAAUGAAGAUUUAGACGAUGAUGCGGAUGAAACAAAUUCGAGUGGCAAUGAGUCCAACCAUGAAUAUGAAUCGCAUCAAGGGAAAUCUGAAGAUCCCGAUAAGGAAACAGAGGAAAAAUCAAACAUAAAGAGUCAACAAGUUAAUAGCGAUCGUGAUAUAGUCGAGGAAGUGGCUCAGGAGAAUCACAGGAGAAGAAACGACCGAAACGAUGGACAUGUUGAAAACUUUGAUUUUGGAGAUGUUGGGUCUGAUAAUGGAGAGACAGGUGGUAAUGAUGAUGUGUUACAUUCGAGAACUUCUCGUUCAAAAAUCACCAAAGCAAAGUCGCAGACCAAAGUCUCGAACAGCAGUGAUGAAGCAUUAGAUUCAAAGAGCAAAAAAGUUGACACCAUAGAAUCCAAGAAUGAUUUAAACAAUGAAAAACCUGAUGUUGAAAACGAAUCACCCACAAUCAACAUGGUAUCACAUGCAAAUAACGAAACAGACUCAUCAGACAGAAAAAAAUCAGAUGAGUCGAACUUUUAUGGCAGUAAAAAAGGAGAAAGUUUGUAUGAUGAAAACAAUGUUUCCAAGAAAUCAAACAAAGAUUUUGAUGAUCUAAACCUAGUUUCUUCCGAUGGUGCAAAAUAUAAAAAUGAACCGUCAGCGAAGAAUGAUGGACAAAAUAGUAAAACAAGACCAAAAUUUGAACAGGGAAAAAGCAAGUCUGUACAGGGUGAAAAUUCUGACAAUGAUGAUGAUGAAGGUGAUGAUCAAACGCUUCCCGGUGCAACUGGUGGCUCAGAUGCACCUCUAAAGAUUCGUGAAGGAUCAAAUGAAGCCAAAGAAGGGGAUGCAUCGGGGUUCCAGUAUGAAAAUAAUGACGGAUCAUCUGACCUUGAGAAAAAUGAUAAAGAGGGGGAUGCAUCUGGGUUCCAGUAUGACAAAGAUGACGGAUCAUCUGACCAUGAUAAAAAUGAGAAAGAGGGAGAGAAAUAUACUUUUGAAGAAAGUAUAUCAGGGUCCAAACCAAUCAAAAUGGCUUCAAAUGAUAUUGAAAAUGCAUCAAACAUUCGUCGUAACAAACAUGUGCAAACUUCUUCAGAUGAUAAGGGUAACCAUGUUAAUAAAGGCAAUAAAUUAAAAAGUAUAGAGAAUAAAACGAUAGCAAUACGAAAGAUGACGUUAUUCUCAAUAAGGAAAACGACGUAA